UCAAAUGCCUAACUUUUAAUAUAAAGAUCAAAAAUUUCUUGCUCUAAGGACCACACACUCACAAUUUACAAAAAAAAGAACACCAAACAUGAAAUUGCCUAGCAAUAUUCUAUCGACAGUUUUGGCGAUUACACUCGCUUUCUCCGUUGCAGAAGCUUUUCUCAAUGGAAAAACUCAACAAAUGGUGAACGGGAUCUGCAAACAGACAACGGAUACCAAAUUCUGUAAUGGUGUCUUGGUCAAGAACCUGGUUACUCCUACCCCAAGCAACAAAGAUCUCAUGAACGUGACUCUUAGAGAAGCUGAAAGGUUCUCAGCAAACACUUAUUUCUUCAUCAGCACACUCCUCAGGGAUGCUGGAGACGAGAGGGAAGAUCUUCAAAUGUGCGCUGACGCUUACUCCAUUGUGAACUUGGCGUUCACUAAUGCUAUAUCUUUCUUCAACCAAGCUUACUACAGUAAGAUCGUCAAGGUCAAAAAUAAAGUUUCUACGGCCGUUGGUAUCUGUAAGACAGACUUCACAGUACCCGGUUAUGAGAUCAAUCCGUUGAUUGAGAAAAAUAGACAGACUAUUAUUUUAGUAUCCAUGGAAAAUAUCGUUUGUCAUAUGGUUUCUUCAUAAUUUUGUUGUUGAAACAUAUGUAAAUGUAACUGAAGCAAAUGUUUACAGAGUUAACCAAUAAUAUAUUGAUAUGUUUUUUUG